CAUAUCUCUACCAGUCGGUACUUAAGGUGGGUGAAAGCAGCCCGGCUGCGCAAGCCCAGUCCCAGACGCGUCGUGCUCGGGGCCGCUACGCGCGCGCCGUCUCCACUCAAUUUUCCAAUUCCGCGCGUUAUGUUAAACGUUAUCUUCCGUUCUCAUUAGAAGUGAUCUGUUUUUGUUGACACAUGGACAUGGAAGCAGCCAAAGACGACUUGAGUUUCGAAGAUGGGAAGCUGGUGGUGUUCACCGAUAUUGUUUGCAGAGUCCCACAAGCCUCUAUGGGUAUAUCUUGGAAGUGGAAAAAGCGGGAAUCAUGCAAGAACGAGUACAUUAUAUUGAACGAAGCCUGUGGAGCCAUCAGGCCAGGGCGCCUCACGUACAUCCUGGGCCCGUCGGGCGCCGGCAAGACCACGCUCAUGAAAAUACUGGCGGGACGAAAGAAGGUGGGAGUCAAAGGUGCCAUGUACGGUGCUGGACGGAACGCAGUGAUGGUCAGCCAACACGCCACCCUCAUAGACACUUUGACAGCCGGGGAAACACUGCAGUUCGCUGCUAGGCUCAAACUACCCAACGUCAAACCCUGGGAUCGGACACAACUGAUCGCGAAUAUAUCGAAACAGCUGGGAAUCCUUGACAUCCACACGACCAGGGCAGGCCACCUGUCUGGCGGGGAGCGGAAGAGGCUGACCAUCGCCUGCGAACUCCUCGUGGACCCGACAGUCAUGCUGCUAGACGAACCCACUAGUGGGCUAGACUCAGUAUCGUCCAUGUCGGUGGCGCGUGCGCUGCUGACGGUGGCUCGCAGCGGGCGCACAGUGGCGUGCGUGAUCCACCAGCCGUCCUCGCAGCUGUUCAACUGCGCCGAUGACGUCAUCCUGCUGUCCGGAGGCAGGACUCUGUACUCGGGGGCGCUGGCUGACAUCCCUGAUGCGCUGUCGAAAGCAGGGUUCCAGUGCCCACAGUAUUACAAUAUGGCUGAUUACAUGCUGGAAAUAGCGACAGAGGAGCACUCUGGCAACCUCGCCCUUUUGGAAGCUGAAGCGAAGAGUUAUGCUCACGAGAUGAGGAGGAUUGCUAAGAGCGACGUCCACGAGGAAAACCUAAAAGGUGUUGUUGUGGAAACUGAGGCUCUAUUAAAUACGCGACAGCCCCUGACGGAGGGCUACCUGGCGAAUGUGCCCCAACAGCUGGGGGCUCUGCUGUGGCGCUGCUGGAUUGGGGCCAUGAGGGAUGUUCACUUGACACAGAUCCGUCUAGCAGCACACUUGCUGGUAGCUCUGCUACUGGGCGCGCUCUACAACGGCGCGGGCGCAGACGCCGGCCGCGUCAUAUCCAACACCGGCUGCCUCUUCUUCUUUCUGCUCUUUAUAUUCUUUUCAAAUGCAAUGCCUCCCAUACAUACAUUUCCUGUGGAAGCCUCAGUGGUACUACAAGAGCACUUGAAUAAGUGGUACUCGCUGCCCGCGUACUGCGCCUCGAAGAUUCUCGUGGACCUACCGAUUCAAUUGCUAUGUGCCACAGUGUUCAUGUUCCCGGCGUGGUACCUGACGUCGCAGCCGCUGGACGCCCACCGCAUGGGGCUAGCCUGGCUGCUGUGCGCGCUGCUCACGAUCCUCGCGCAGACCUUCGGCCUGGUGGUGGGCGCGGCGUGUGACGUCAAGCUCGGCCUAUUCGUGAUUCCCGCCGCAAAUAUCCCAAUGCUGAUGUUCUCCGAGUUUUUCAUACCUUACCGGGAGAUACCAGUCUACCUCCGGCCGUUUGCUGCCAUUUCCUACUUCAGAUACGCAUUCGACGCCUUCCUAGAGACAGUCUACGGGUUCGACAGGGGUCGCUUGCCGUGCCACGACGAGAUAUUCUGCCUGUUCGCAGACCCCACCAAAUACCUAAAGCAUUUAGGCCUUACCAGAAACCUGUACAGUGACUUCUCAGCCUUAGUGAUAUGGAUUGUGAUACUCCAAAUAUCUCUGAUCUGCAUCCUAAAGUACAGAGUGCAUAGAGCGUGCAGAUGAUGUUAACGCAAAACGCUCUAUAGGAUCUGAUUGUAAAUAAAAUAGUAGCUACACCGUCAUGUGGAUUUUAUCUAUGACAGGUUCGACUGUAAAUAAAAUUUCGGCGUGUAAAUGAUCUACUAACAAUAAAUAAUAUAAGUUUUACACCUUAUACCUCCACUAACAUGUUAUAAUCUAUCUGGUCCUAGGUUUAUAAGUCGUGUAAAUAAUUAUACAUUAUUGUACCUAUGAUAAAAAGAAGCUAAAACAUGGCAUAGGUAAUCUAAUCAUGACAUAUUAAAGUACUUAUCAAAAUAACUAAAUAAGUAAAUAAAAAGGGAAAGAGUAACAUUCUCAAAAACUCUCUAAUUAGGUACUAAAUUAAUAUUAUUAAUUAAAAAACAAUAUUACAACAAUUAGUAUUUUAUUGACCAGCUUCACAUUCCAUAGAGUGUUACACGAAUAUACGUUAUUAUUAUUAUAAUAACUUUUAAAAUGUACAUAAUGAUAGCAAUAAUUGUACAACAUCGAAUUACAAUUUGUGCAUAAUACAGCAAAUAAAUAUGCAACUAUAUUACAUAGGCGUUUCAUUUACGACAUAAGUAACAGAAAAAGAUAUGUAUAGACAUGAUCAUUCAUUAUGAAUAUUUAAUGCUAAACACCGACUAAUUAACAUUAGGUAUAUUCGCAAAAGUUAAAAAAAACUUUAAGACUUCGAUUGCGGAUUGAUACUCGAAUUUAAAUAAUUUUGUUUUAACAUCUCAAUAGUAAGCCUAAUGUGACAUAUUUAAUUUUGCAAGAACAGGACCAUAAUAUUAAUCUUAAACUUUUCAAGUUAGAUGUCGACUCUAUGAUAGUGAGAAAUUAGGGUUUUCCAUGCCUUAAUAUUAUGUUUUCUGUAGGCAUAUUGAUCAUAGAAAACGUCAAAAAAUGUCUUAUAUUAUCAUCAUCAGUCAUAAUUUAAAAACGACGUUAAUACGCAAUUUGCAAGCAUCCAUUACAUAUUUUUCAGCACUUUAAAUUAAUUCAUGAAAAUUGCGUAAUAUGGCCUAAAAGCCUAUCAUAUGAGGAUACAAGAAUUAACAAAAUAGAAGCAAUUCGCAUUAGAAUUUUCUAAUUUGUCAUUCGUACAAAAAUAUACUCUGGCGAUCUCAGUCAUAGCCUUAUCAUUCUAACCAUCGAAGUAAUAAUAGAUAUAGAAGUACUGGUAGGAACUACGACGUUAAAAGUUCAUACGUGCCAAAAAUAUUGGUCAAAACUGAAUAAAUUAUUAUAUUUCAUUGCAUUUCUAAUAAAAAUAUUACGAUGAGGGUCUGUUUCUUUCGAUAUAGUGGUUAGGCAAAGCAAUGUUUACUGUUUUCUUUCUGAGUCAAGCACUCAGAAGCUCAGAUCAUUUCAAGGGAAAACUUUUUCAAAUAUUCGUUUUUUAAUUCCAGAAAAUCUUCUACAUCUAUUAUUAUUUCCAUGUCACUUACUAAUCUUUGCCAACGCAAACAAAAUUAUCGAGUAGGUGCAACAAAGGGUGUCGUCUAUUUGUUCAUAAAUUCAUUUAUCAAAUUAUUAAAUCCAACGUCAGUAAUAGGCCUCCGAUCGUAUGUUAUUGGUACCUAAACACUAAGGUUCAAAUCAAAUACCUUUCAGCAAUGCAUGGGGCAAACAAAAAUCUUUUUAUAUCACCUAGUUUAUUAUAAGCAGUAAAUAGUAAAGCACAAUAUCGUCUGUAUUCCAUCAAGUAAGCUCUGAGAUAAAUUCAAUAAUUGACUAUACAUUGAUUUAGUUCCACUCCAUAUUUUGACCUAUCAAUUAAUUACACAAAUUAUUUUAGGUUUGUUUGCUAUAAGCAACAUCGAAACUUCUAUCAAAUACUGGUAGGUAUUGACUAGACAGCAAAAAAGCAAUCGUUGAAAAUACACAUCUAUAUGUUUAAUAAUUAUAACACAUUAACAUAAUUAUACAGUUCUCUAUGUUAUAUUACAACAGCUACAAAGGCGCUGCAUAAUAUUUACGACGUGUAACUGACGACUAUGUUCUGUUAUACAUAUUUAAC